UCCAAACACUAAAACGCGCGCACACACACACACGCACACACAUGCGCACACACACACUCUUUCUCUCACAAACACACAGUCGCUGCUGCCAGCCCUCCACUUACAGCUCAAGCCUCUCAAAGCUGUUUUUCUUGUGGAGAUCAGCGCACGGUUGCGCCAGACAGCUGGCAGUUGAGACAGACGACAGGGAAGACAGAGGGAAGAAGGGUGAAGAGGAGCACGACGACCUGUUUAAACUUCUCCCCGGAGGUGUUCACUCCUCUCCCCGGUUUCAGGCAACUCCUCCGGGACCAUCUGAGGAAGUGAGGAGAACCUUUGAGUUCACAUGACAUAAUCAGAGUGAAUGGGUUGCCAUGGUAACUGACACUGGCAGCGUGACCCGAGAAAACUGGAUGUUGUGUGGAGGAAGAGCAUCGGAGGUGGCAAGCGAGCGAAAGUAACCGGGACUUGUGGGAGGGGAGAGGGGAGAGGGGAGAGGGGAGCUGGGAGUGGAGGAGCACGCCUGAGGUCCAGAAUGGAGGACGGUUUCUCCAGCUACAGCAGCCUGUACGAUACUUCUUCUCUGCUUCAGUUCUGCAACGAUGACAGCGCAUCUGCAGCCAGCAGUAUGGACGUUGCGGACCGUAUCGCCUCCCUGGAGCAGCGGGUUCAGAUGCAGGAGGACGAGAUCCAGCUGCUGAAGUCGGCGCUGGCUGACGUGGUGCGUCGCCUCAAUGCCUCCGAGGAGCAGAGCGCCAUGAGCAACAGGAGGGGGCCAACCAAAGCCAGACCCAUGAUGGCUGCCCUUCCUCUCAGGCCUACAGUCAACAAUGGCACUGUCCUACCAAAGAAAAGCGGCGGCACGAUGACGUCCCCCUCCGGCUCCAGGAAGGAGGCUGCUGCACCAGCAAACAAGAGACUUAUCGACGUCACUUCUACUAGCAGCACUGUGAGGAGGACUAACUCCAACGAAACCAUGGGCACGCUGACGCGCAAAGACAGCGGAGAGUCCAAGAGCAACCGCACCCGCGCCGGCUCCACCGGGAGCAACUCCAGCGGGAAGAGAGUCAGUGAAAGCAAGCUGAAAGAGCCUGUAUUCAAUGCAGGGAUGCGACGAGUGACACACUGCAAAGAGGAAGGUUAUGUGAAAAUGUAUUUGAAGGGACGUCCCAUCACCAUGUACAUGCCCAAAGACGUCGUGGACACCUACUGCCUGGAGGCCAAAUCGGACCUGCCAAACAAGAGGCUCAAACUGGACUGGGUUUACGGCUACCGGGGACGGGACUGUCGCUCCAACUUGUACCUGCUCCCGACGGGAGAGACGGUGUACUUCAUUGCAUCUGUGGUGGUCCUCUACAACGUGGACGAGCAGUUCCAGAGGCACUACACUGGGCACUCUGACGACAUCAAGUGCCUGGCUGUCCAUCCGGAUAAAAUCACCAUAGCAACAGGACAGGUGGCAGGAACCUCUUCGGACGGCAAACAGCUGGCUCCUCACGUGCGUGUCUGGGACUCGGUGAGCCUCAACACCCUCCACGUUCUGGGGACGGGUUUCUUUGACCGCGCCCUGGUUUGCCUGGCCUUCUCAAAAUCGAACGGGGGCAGCACGCUGUGCGUGGUGGACGAGUCCAACGACCACGUGCUCUCUGUGUGGGACUGGCAACGGGAGGAGAGACUGGCUGACGUCAAGUGUUCCAACGAGGCGGUGUUUGCUGCCGACUUCCACCCCACAGACACCAACAUUAUAGUUACAUGUGGGAAGUCCCACCUCUACUUUUGGACGCUGGAAAAGGGCACGCUAGUCAAGAAGCAAGGCUUGUUUGAGAAACAAGAGAAGCCCAAGUUUGUCUUAUGUGUGACUUUUUCAGAAAAUGGAGACUCCAUUACUGGAGACUCAAGUGGAAAUAUUCUGGUGUGGGGAAAAGGCACUAAUCGAAUUAGCCACGCCAUUCAGGGCGCCCACGAGGGAAGCGUCUUUACGCUGUGUAUGUUGAGGAACGGCACGUUGGUGUCAGGUGGGAAAGACCGAAAACUCGUCUCCUGGGACGGCAGCUACCAGCCCAUCCAGUCAGUUGAGGUUCCCGAGUUGUUUGGCCCCAUCCGCACGGUUGCAGAGGGCAAAGGGGAGAGUGUUCUCAUUGGAACCACCAAGAACUACGUUCUACAAGGCAGUUUAUACGGCGAGUUCACACCCAUCACACAAGGCCACACUGAUGAGCUCUGGGGUUUGGCCGUGCACCCCUCGAAACCACACUUCCUCACCUGUGGCCAUGACAAGCACGUCAGUCUGUGGGACUCCACCUCGCACCAACCCGUCUGGAACAAGACCAUGGAGGACGCGGCCCAGUCUGCUGAUUUCCAUUCUUCCGGAGCAGUGGUUGCCAUAGGAACGCAGACCGGCAGGUGGCUGGUGUUGGACACUGACUCUAAGGACCUGGUGACAGUUCACACAGAUGGCAACGAGCAGCUCUCUGUCAUGCGCUUCUCUCCUGACGGCAAUUUUCUGGCGAUCGGGUCUCACGACAACUAUAUCUACAUCUAUGCAGUGGUAGAAAGCGGCAGGAAGUACAGCCGAGUGGGAAAGUGCUCGGGCCACUCCAGUUUCAUCACCCACCUGGACUGGUCUGUGGAUUCUCAGUACCUGGUGUCCAACUCCGGGGACUAUGAGAUACUCUAUUGGAUCCCGUCGGUGUGUAAACAGGUGGUGAGCGUGGAGACCACCCGCGACAUUCUCUGGGCCACCUCCACCUGCACUCUGGGCUUCCAGGUCUUUGGGUUGUGGCCUGAUGGCUCGGACGGGACCGACAUCAACGCUGUCUGCAGAUCCACUGAGACGAGGCUGCUCGCCACCGGAGAUGACUUUGGAAAAGUCCACCUUUUCUCAUUCCCUUGCUGUCAAUUCCGGGCUCCCAGUCACGUCUAUGGCGGACACAGCAGUCACGUGACCAAUGUGAACUUCCUGUAUGACGACAGCUUCCUGGUUUCCACCGGGGGCAAGGACAUGGCCAUCAUGCAGUGGCGGAUAGUGUGAAGGACCGUUAUGGCAAGAUCUGGUCCCAGGGUUGAUUUCACAUCCAGCUCUCUGGCGGUGGAGGCGGGCGGGUUGGGUGUGAGAAGCGUCUUGCGACAAAAGGAUUCCGCAAGCAGUACCUAUGGUUUUCGUUUGUUCUUUCUUUCCACUUUUUUCUUCAUAUUUCAGAACUCAGGAAACCUAUAUAAAAGCAGGCGUCUCUUCUCAAGCAAUGAUCACCCCUCUGACCUGCUACCGUCACCGCCUUCGAAAGACAAAAAAAAAAAAGGCUUUUCUUUUUUUUACUGUGCAAGGGAUCUAUACUGAUACCACAUGCAUUUGGUCCAAACGGAUGCUGAUAGAGAGUAAAAUGACCAAUAUACCAAUUAUUCCACUAUUGUUCCUCAUAUAAUCGUUAUUUUUUAAGGAAAAAAGCAGUUGUUCCCCUAGACAGUUGGUUACUGGGCAGCGUUUGAUUUUAUUGGCGGGAGGGGUAUUUUAUGCUACACAGAAAUUAUAUUAAACUUUGCUGCCCCUGUCUGGCAUCCUGAGGUAUUGCAUGGUAUCUUAUUGAGUACUUCACAAAGACUUGGCAAGCUAUAAUAUGUAAUCAUUUCCCACUGGCAUUUCAAAGCACCCUUUUAAAAAACAAACUAAAAAUGUUUUCUCAUGAAAUUCCCAAAUAGCUGAACUAGGAACUAUUUAACUAUGUUUUUAACAUAUUUGGAUUGCACUGUCAUGUCUGAUGUUGAUGUCACUUCCUGAGUCUCCCUUCAUUUCCUGUACAGUUCUCAUGUGUGUUCUGUAAAUAAGAGGUUUGUACUGAUUGGACCAUUGCACUGUUACUGUUUACUCUCCAAUAUUGUUUUCACACUACAGUGCAUAAAACCAAACAAUUCUGAAA